GCACGUUUACGCGCACCACGUCAAAUAUGUCUAAUUUCAUUGGAAACAUGUCGGCAUCUGAGAAAAUAACCAAGGUAAAGAAAUGGUAGCUUUAUUUUUCUAGCUAGCUAAUUUACAACGGCUAUGUUCAUUGCAAAUUAGCCAGUUAUUCAAUACAUCGAAGAUCCAUACCCGAAAUGCAAUAUUUACAAGCAAGUUGUUUUGCUUGCAAAGUCUUGUUUCUGGCAUUCUGCUAGCAUGAAGGCAGCCCCCAUGAACAAUUAGCUAACUAGCUAGCCAGACACAGGUAGAAAAUGGCUCUGGAAGAUUUAGGUAAAGGUUCACAAUGAAACAUUUAAAGCAAAUAUUCCUACGUUCUGCAAUGCAUUUUGUGGAGAUUGAGUGUCUGACAUUUUCCAACUUCAACUUCAGUAGCUAGCUAUCUAGUUGGGUCGUGCAUACAAUAGGAAAAGUUCAAUUUCUACACGUGCGUGUAUUUCAGUGUCACUCAUUACAAUUGCAACAUUACCUCUGGAGUUUGUGCAGCAGAUGGAUAACACUUCUAGCUAUUAUGGAUGUUAAAAUCUCUCUUGUUACGGUUGUAUUCAUUAAUUCAGUAUAUGAUUUGGAAUGUGAUCUGCAUCUGUUGCACAUCAAAUAAGUUCCAAUGAGUGCUACUUCAUAUGCUGCUCUGGUAUUUUCCCAAUGUUUAGGAGUUGUCUGAGAGUGAUGCAUUGGAAACUGAUCCUAAAGUGAGACUCUCAAGCCAGUCUGAUGAAGGUAUGGAUGUAAAUUGAGAAUGUAUGGAUGUAAAUUGAGAAUGUAUAUAUUUAGACAAAUAUUUGUAUACUGUAGAUUCUCAAAUAUAUAUAUAUAUAUAUAUAUAUAUAUAUAUAUAUAUAUAUAUAUAUACACAGCUUUUAUUGAAACCCAUUUGGGUUGUGCUGUGCAUGUUGAUGCAGAGGCGUUGAAUGUUUCCUAGGUGAUACAAGUACUGCCACAGCAGUUAUUACCAUGGAGACCGAGCCCAUGGGUGGAAUGCUGUCACAGUCACUGUUCCAGGAGAUUCAGGGGGAUGGUUCGAAAAACGGGGAGGAGAGCGAACAACUAUCAACAACAUCCUCUUCCGUGUCAGGCAGAAACCUCGCAGGUAAAAGAUUGAUCUAUAUAGUAUCCAUGGUUACAAGACUGCAUUAACAUUGAUUUAAUGUUUACAUCUUUCUUAUUGUCAGUUCUCUCUGUUUUCUCUCUCUCUUCCUUAGUUUUCAUAAUCUGUUUUAAUCGAUGAUUCCUUCGUUUAUUGCCCCCUCACAGGACAUGCAGCAAAGACCCUUCCAUCCACGUCCUCUUCACUCUCCUCCACUUCCUCUCCUUCUGGCAGAGCAAAGAUGAGUGUUUUUGGUCCUGGAAGUAAAGCACUCCCGCCCCACCCCUCAUCCUCCUCUCCCCAUCCCUCAUCCUCCUCUCCCCCUCCUGUCACUGGCCAGACAGCAAAGAUACACCGUGCUCGCAAGACCAUGAACAGACCUCCCCCAACACAGGUGAGUCUCCUAAGACGAUGGCUGGUAGUAGCACUAUAUUCUUUAGUAUAGCCAUUUUAUACUGUGAUAUCAAUCAAAAAGGCCAUAUCUUAUGUUCGAGUUAGUAUGUUGACAAAUGAGUAUUUUACCACUGAAGUUUUCUAUUCCUGUCACAUUAACCACUUCCUGACCAUCUGAUCCAUUGAGUCUUUGCCUUUCAGGUGAGGUGUAUUGAGUCGCCAAUCGUGCCAGUCAACCCCACAGACCCCACGACUAGCUUCACGACAGAGAGUGAUACUGGUCAGUGUUGAAAUAUUGCAUACAUUUUGAAUGUUAUAUCGUAUUUGUGCAUCUCUGAGUGAUGUUCUAUCGAUUCCCAGGGUCAUUUCAUGUCUAUCUGAGCCAUUCUCCAUUCAAGCAGGCUGAAAUAUAGCCGGAACGAUGUGUUUUUCUCCGGGAACCCUAUAGAACGUCGCUCAUAGAUGCACAAAUACAAUAUAAAAUUCAAAAUGGGUAAAUCUUUCCUUUUAAUGUUUGUGUGUAAGAUUACUUACUGUUUAGUUUGCAUUCUGUCAAGUUAAUUGUCUUUUACUCAGCAGCAGCAAAAAGGAGAAGGUUGGGCCAAGGUUAUGAUGGUACACCUGAGAAGGCAGAGAGCUCAAUAGGCACAGAGCAGAAGGUAAGGACGGGGCAGGGGUGUGUCAGUGCUUUAUUAUAGCAUGGAGAUAAUAGUUGCUUAUAAUAGGUCUCAUGUUGAGAUAUUAAGUAGUGACCCUGACCUAACGUUUUGUUUUUGUUACUUGAAUUUCAGGCAGAUCGUGUACUCCGCGAGGCGGCGAGACGGCGUGACAGUUGGCUGGAGGACUUGGAGGAGGAUGCAGAUGAGGACGAGUUUCUUCUCUAUAACCCCUAUGCAAGAGACGACACGGACGCAGCCUACUCCGACAGCAAGGUCAGAGGCUAAUAUCAAUGUGACUGACACGCUCUCCACAGAAUAAAUAUGAUUAUUGUGGCCACAACCCAUUUGUAUUAACCCUUUAACAGACAGCUCAUAUGAAUUUUGACAACAAUUAAACAUGAAUUUUGUUUGGCAUAUUUGAUCAUCUCGAUCAAUGCCAUUUAGUAAAAUGGUAAUGUCGUUUUCAUUAUCAGACUCCCAUCUUUUUUGAAACGAGCAUUCAAAGAUGGUUGAAAACCAGGAAGUGAACAUGAGCAAAAUUGAACCGCAUUUAUCACACAUUUUUCUUUACUAAUUGUGUAUAAAUAGAAAAUUACAACAUUGUAAAAUGUUGUUGACAUCUAAAACAUGAUUGAAUUACUGUUGUUUUACAAUUGUAGGAACUCUUGAAAAAUAUGCUCUACCAGGUGGUUGAAUUGCCCAUUUAAAGGAAUGCUAUGAAGUCAAAGCUAGUGAUAAUGGAGAAAUAUUGUUAUGGGAUUUUUUUUGUCUGUGCGAAUACAACAAUUAUUUCAAAUCCAUAUCAUUAUUCACGGUCUGCCUGUUAUCUUCGGUAUGUUUCACAAUAUCAUUCAGUACAUGCCAUGUUACUGAUAUUUGAAGCAUUUGAACUGUAAAUGCAUUAAUUUACAUUCAUUCUAAUGUUCAUAUUUUGACACACAAAUGUAUGGUAUUUAUUAAUAUUUGAUAUCAGUCCUCAUUUCACUGGGCCUAUCUUCCAUUAAAAGUAAAAGAGGCAGACAUAAUGUAAAUUCAUGUAUCAUUUUUGACAUUAUUUAAAAAGUCUUUGCACAUUCCUAUACAAAAUUAGUUUACGCUAAUUGGGCAACUCAACCGGUUUGCGACGCGUUAUCUAUCAAAGUGUAAGUUGUGCAAACACAUUUUUUUCAUUUAUUAGCCUAUACUGAGGCUAAAUACAUAUUUUGUAGGGAAAAAAAUGUACUGAUAUUUUUUCCUUGUGUAGCAGUUGAAGGGUUAAUGCUGAAUUGCCACGAUUUUGAAUUGAUACAAGGAAACUAUUGCUGCUCUCUUUCGAUAUGUAUACCUUCCAUUUAUCCUUUUGCAGUCUGAAGAUGGUGGAAUAGAGGGAAGGCUACAUGAAAGAGAUGCAGAGGAGUCUGGUAACAUGUCAGAUCAUGUGAGUAGUUUAACCCGUCCUGUGUUGGUAGCUACAAUCAUUUACCGGGCAGUUUUAUGCUACAUGUGUUUCGUAAGAUUCCCUUGCUGGAACAUAAUAUCUAUUUGGGCAAAGCAAUGUUUCUCUGCCGGUCAACCAAACCCUCUUUGUCCACAGAGCUCUGAGUCGGGCCCACAGAGGCUGGGCCAGAGGAACAAAGUGAGCAGCGAUUCGCCAUGGACUCGCCCAGGGCGGGGAAAAGGGAGAGAGAGAGCCGAAGGAGUAGAGGCAGGAAGAGGUGAGUGACGGGGAGAUCUUUAUUAGUUUGUAUAAAUAGUCUUAUCACCGGCACUAUCAUUAUCACCACAGUGCCCUAUUGCUGGUCAAUUAUUAUUUUCUGUUGUAACUCCCAGCAGUGUCGGCAGCAUCUGCUCUAGGUGGGUCCUGCGAGUACACAGAGGUUGCCUUGGGCUCCCUGGACAUCGCGGCAGCAGACAGCCUAACACUCUCACCUCACCACGGUAGGUCGAUUGUGUUCACACACAAUACACAAUCUGCAUGUCUUUAUCUGUGGUCUCUCAGGGUCAAAUCCUAGCUUGACGUAUGCUUCCUGAAACUUUGACACAAAUCUCCCAUUGAUGUCUUGUGAACACAUGAUUUGCGUACAUAACUAAAGCCACGAUAUGGUUCUCAGUGAAUAGCACUGAUUAUAUGCUACAGUGAAUAGUACUAUUUAACACCGAUGUGGGAAUGUCUUAUCUGCAUGUCUGUGUAGAAGGCAGUGAUGCUGGAGAGACGGAGCGUCUGGAGGAGCUGCCUCUGUGUAGCUGCAGGAUGGAGGCACCACGCGUAGACAGCGCCAGCAGACGGCCCAACAGACUCUGCAUGGCCACAGAGAGCGUCAAUGGAGAGGUGUGUGUGGCUGUGCACAUGUAGCCUAGGAUUCUUUUCAACAGCGGUGGCAAAGUUAGUGUCGGGGGGCUUGGUUGUGGGCGUGGCCAAUGGUGCAGUCUCUGACUGAACAUUUUAGAGGCCCUCUUGGCCACACGGACAAAAAUAGCAGUUUUAAAACAAAUAGCCUGCAAUUCUACACAUUUUGCCAUGGGGCGGAGAGAAUUUGCAGAUUUAGAGCAAAUUUCUAACAAUUCUGCACAUUUUACCAUGGCUUAUGCCGUGUUCUUAUGCUAUCGAAGUAUGAAAAUGUAUGCACUCACUAACUGUAAGUCGCUCUGGAUAAGAGCGUCUGCUAAAUGACUAAAAUGUAAAUGUAAGUGACUCAAACAUUAUAACAAAAUCAAUAGGGGUCCCAUGCCAUUACAUUUUUGGAAUUUUAGAUUCUCCCGGUUGGUCUAGUUUUUAUUCUGGUGGUUGUUAGUUCUCAAAGAUGAUCUUAUUAAAAAAUAUGUAGCUCCAUUAUCUUUUCUACUUAUUUUGUAUAUAUUUUUUACAUCAUAUUUUAGGGAGCGGUGGCCAUUUUUGGGAGUCGCUGCUAAAUGGAAAUAGGCAAUUCCAUCUCACAAAUCUAAUUUAGAAUUUGUAUUUAUUUAUUUAUUUGUCAUUUAGCAGACGCUCUUAUCCAGAGCGACUUACAGGAGCAAUUAGGGUUAAGUGCCUUGCUCAAGGGCACAUCGACAGAUUUUUCACCUAGUCGGCUCGGGGGUUAGAACCAGCGACCUUUCGGUUACUGGCACAACGCUCUUAACCACUAAGCUACCUGCCGCCCCAGCAAUUUUUCACUUUCCCUCUGUCUUUCGCAGCUGGUGGGCUGUACCAAUAUCAUUCUGAAGGGGGAGACCAUGCGGCCGUCCAGUCGGGUUUCCCUCAUGGUGUUGUGCGAGAGCCAUCGGUCACAUAUGGUCAAACAUCACUGCUGCCCUGGAUGUGGAUACUUCUGUAUCGCGGUAAGGUUUUGUGCCACCCCCACAAUCACACAUACUAUCUGAUGUCAAAGAACUGGAUAGGUGAAAGCAAAUUCCAAGUAGACAUCCUCCAUAUUGCUUUCACCUUAGACCUAGCUUGUGUUUUCAGAUCUGUAAAGAUGGAGAGGAGACACAGAGAGGCCACUGCAGACACUUGAAAUGCAUUAUAAGUCUGCAUGUACAGCAUAUGUUUGACCUGGUCUUAACCCUCACACCCCUCCCUAUCUCUGAUCUCCCAGGGCACCUUCCUAGAGUGCUGUCCGGACCAGCGCAUCGCCCACCGCUUCCACCGGGGUUGUGUGACAGUGCUCGGGGCUGGGAGGGGCAGGGGCAUGGGCACAGGCAUGCUCUUCUGCCCCCACUGUGGUGAGGAUGCCUCGGAGGCCCAAGAGGUCACCAUCCCCCCCACAGCAUCUGCGGUCACAGUGGUCACCACCUCAGCCUCCUCCACCACCACACCGUCCCUCCCACACCCCAUCCCCUCGGCCCUCUCCCUGGCGGCCUCCACAGGGGCGCUGAAGAACGGGAAGAGGCCGGAGGGCCCUAUCAGGUGAGGAUGGAGGGAGAUGAAGAUGUGUGAAAUGACUAAGUGUAGGAUGCCGUAUGAUAUUUUCUACACUGCACUUCAAUCUGCAAUCAUUGGAUGCUUUUGCUCUGCUUGUUGUGUAUUUCUGGAUAAUUGAUUUGAGCUUGUGUCUGUGUCAUUAUUAUUUGAUAACUAUUCAUGUGGAAAUUAUGGAUAUUCGCACCACCCUAAUUGUCCCAGCCUUUUUUUACUCACUCUCUUUCUCCUCUCUAUUUGUCAGUGCGAGGAUGCGUGGGUUGAUAAAGAAGGACCCGGAGCAGCAGCCCCCCCAAGCCGCUGUGGCAGCAGGGCCUGUCAACGCAGCCCCCCCAGGGGAGGGGGGAGUGGACAGUGUGGGACCCUCCCUCUGUCUGCCCAAUGGGAAGCCAGUCUGUCCCAGUGCACUUCCCGCAGGGCCCAGUAGGGCGGCACUGCAGAAUGCCAUUCUCACCCAGGACACUGAGAAGUGAGACAAAAUAAUAAAAUAGACUAAUAAUGGUCUGUCUUAUAGAAUAUCAUUAUUUAUUGCAAAUCAAUGAUUGAUGGGAAUUGUUUACAGCUAGAUUUGGGCCCUGUUUAGAUGCUUUGAAAAUACAUCCAUCUUUCCUCCCUUUGUUGAAAUUCAAAAUUUUCUGAACUGAUUGAAUUGGGGAAAUGUAUUUAAUGGUGUUGGAUCAGUGGUUAGUCCAAGGAAAAGAUGUGGGAGCGAUGCAUUUUACACAGAGUCCUGACAACCAUAACAUAGGAGCUGUUCUCACGUGAUGAUUAUUGGUUGUGAUUGGUCAGGAGGAAGAAGCUGAGGUUUCACCCCCGCCAGCUCUAUCCAGCCGCCAAGCAGGGCGAGGUGCAGCGAGUUCUGCUCAUGCUCAGUAAGUGUCAUAAGGAGUCUGUUUUGUAUUUUACUGUUAGAUAAAAUACAUUCCUGAUCUGAUUGCAUGUUUUGUCCUCUCUUUCAUCAGCUCUGGAAACUCGUGUUACCACUGUUCUUUCACAUAAGUGCAAGUGAAUGAAUGAGUUGAUAUUGACUCCUACUGCUGCUAAUAACCCAUCCACUCCACUUACUCUCUCUGUUUGGUUCAGUGGAGGGCAUAGACCCAGCCUACCAGGCUGACUCCCAGAACAGACGCUGUGCUCUCCACGUUGCCGCCCAGAGAGGCCUGCUGGAGGUCUGCUACAUGCUGGUGCAGGUGAACAACCUUUUCAUUUCAAUUACAACUGGGUGAUAUUCAUUAGGCAGUUUUCUGUUGCAAAUGUUUUACUACGGUGUCCCCAAAUGAAUACGACCCUGCUCUUUAUCGUUAUGGUCAAUGAUAAAAGUGACUCCUUUACACUUAUUCACCCAAAUAUGGAUCAGAGUGUCACUCAGACAGUUAUUAUUCACCAGAGUGCUCAAAUAAAUGUAUUGUCUAUUUACAGGCAGGUGCUAAACUAGACGUCCAAGACAAAUCCAUGAGGACCCCUCUCCUGGAGGCAAUCGUCAACAACCAUGUAGAGGUGACCAGGUACCUGGUCCAGAGUGGAGCCUGCGUCUAUCACACUGUGAGUGUCUGGUAAACAGCCCCUAUACCAAAGCCAACCCGCUAACACUAGUAGAGGCUCUAAUAACAUGAGCCGUAAAGGAUUUAAACCUGAAAGAAUUUGAUAAUCACCUUGAGUCACCCCAGAAGUCAACAGGAUAAUAUAUUAUAGACUAACUGUAGCUAGGACCUGUAGGUGGUAUGUUAAUACAAUCUUGAUUGCGAUCAAAUUAUCCACUUCUGACAAUAUUAAAAUAUGAGAUUUUUUCUGUCCACCUCUCCUAUUGUCUUUUCUCCUUCUCCUCUUCCCCUCAACUAUUCUAUUUUUUUCCGUUCUCUUUCCAUCUCCCUUUUCCCUUAUUUUCCUCUCUUCUCCCCUCCUCCCUCUCUUCUCCCCCUCCUCUGCUCUCCAGGAAGAAGAUGGCUACACUGGUCUCCACCACGCAGCCAAACUGGGCAGUCUGGACAUUGUCACCCUUUUGUUGGAGACGGGACAGGUGGACAUCAACGCACAGGUGGGGAAGAGCGAGAGAGGAACACUCUUGGGCUCUAGACAGGGUGGCAACAACCAACAAGUCAGUGUGUGUGUGUGUUUUAUCAGUCUGUCACUCUUUGUCGACUGUGUACUUUGCACUGCAUCAUGUCCAAUGACCACGUUGUCUGGGUUCUGAGAAUAAUUGUUUAUAAUUUAUCUUGAUUCAGACUAUGCAUGCACAGUUGAAGAUAAUGAUUCUCUUUAUUUGAUGUAAAGUUGUAAUUUUUUUUUUUUACUUCGGCUAACCAGAGUUUGUCUAAUUUCAAACUGUAUCCCUCUGUAUGUUAUGUUUGUCUAUGCAGUGUAAUACUCCUUUACUUAGCGUAGCACUAACACCUUCCUUUGUAGGGAUAGUAAUCAUUCAAUGUACUCAAUAACAGAUACUGUAUCAUGUGUCACUUGGUAGUGUUAGUUACCUGUAGUUCUUAAUUAGUCAAUAGACUGAGUUAACUAUUACCACCAGAAUAAACCUGUAUGUUUAAUCUAUCUACCAGUUCCAUGUAAUGUACUUGUGUUUGGCUGUAUUGGCUUGAGUACCACUGUAUAGUCCAGUCCCCUUAUCCUCUGAGUCAAUGUGCUGUAUCCCGCUUUCAGGAUAGUGGAGGCUGGACUCCUAUCAUCUGGGCUGCAGAGCACAAGCACAUCAAGGUCAUCAGAGCACUUCUUAACAGGGGGGCUGAUGUCACCCUCAAGGACAAGGUUAGUCUUUGUCCUGGUAUAACAACAUAUGGGAAUACAAUGGCCAAACUGAUUUUGAAGGAAGAUGUGUAGGAUUUAUAGGCACAAAUCCUUGAAACGACAGCAUUUGCUUCUUUAUACUUCAUUUAUUGAAGGUCAGUGUCAUUUUGGUUGUAGGACUCCAAUUCUUUAUAAAUAUAUAUAUACAGUGGGGAAAAAAAGUAUUUAGUCAGCCACCAAUUGUGCAAGUUCUCCCACUUAAAAAGAUGAGAGGCCUGUAAUUUUCAUCAUAGGUACACGUCAACUAUGACAGACAAAUUGAGAAGAAAAAAAUCCAGAAAAUCACAUUGUAGGAUUUUUAAUGAAUUUAUUUGCAAAUUAUGGUGGAAAAUAAGUAUUUGGUCAAUAACAAAAGUUUCUCAAUACUUUGUUAUAUACCCUUUGUUGGCAAUGACACAGGUCAAACGUUUUCUGUAAGUCUUCACAAGGUUUUCACACACUGUUGCUGGUAUUUUGGCCCAUUCCUCCAUGCAGAUCUCCUCUAGAGCAGUGAUGUUUUGGGGCUGUCGCUGGGCAACACGGACUUUCAACUCCCUCCAAAGAUUUUCUAUGGGAUUGAGAUCUGGAGACUGGCUAGGCCACUCCAGGACCUUGAAAUGCUUCUCUCGAAGCCACUCCUUCGUUGCCCGGGCGGUGUGUUUGGGAUCAUUGUCAUGCUGAAAGACCCAGCCACGUUUCAUCUUCAAUGCCCUUGCUGAUGGAAGGAGGUUUUCACUCAAAAUCUCACGAUACAUGGCCCCAUUCAUUCUUUCCUUUACACGGAUCAGUCGUCCUGGUCCCUUUGCAGAAAAACAGCCCCAAAGCAUGAUGUUUCCACCCCCAUGCUUCACAGUAGGUAUGGUGUUCUUUGGAUGCAACUCAGCAUUCUUUGUUCUCCAAACACGACGAGUUGAGUUUUUACCAAAAAGUUAUAUUUUGGUUUCAUCUGACCAUAUGACAUUCUCCCAAUCCUCUUCUGGAUCAUCCAAAUGCACUCUAGCAAACUUCAGACGGGCCUGGACAUGUACUGGCUUAAGCAGGGGGACACGUCUGGCACUGCAGGAUUUGAGUCCCUGGCGGCGUAGUGUGUUACUGAUGGUAGGCUUUGUUACUUUGGUCCCAGCUCUCUGCAGGUCAUUCACUAGGUCCCCCCGUGUGGUUCUGGGAUUUUUGCUCACUGUUCUUGUGAUCAUUUUGACCCCACGGGAUGAGAUCUUGCGUGGAGCCCCAGAUCGAGGGAGAUUAUCAGUGGUCUUGUAUGUCUUCCAUUUCCUAAUAAUUGCUCCCACAGUUGAUUUCUUCAAACCAAGCUGCUUACCUAUUGCAGAUUCAGUCUUCCCAGCCUGGUGCAGGUCUACAAUUUUGUUUCUGGUGUCCUUUGACAGCUCUUUGGUCUUGGCCAUAGUGGAGUUUGGAGUGUGACUGUUUGAGGUUGUGGACAGGUGUCUUUUAUACUGAUAACAAGUUCAAACAGGUGCCAUUAAUACAGGUAACGAGUGGAGGACAGAGGAGCCUCUUAAAGAAGAAGUUACAGGUCUGUGAGAGCCAGAAAUCAUGCUUGUUUGUAGGUGACCAAAUACUUAUUUUCCACCAUAAUUUGCAAAUAAAUUCAUUAAAAAUCCUACAAUAUGGUUUUCUGGAUUUUUUUUUCUAAAUUUGUCUGUCAUAGUUGACGUGUACCUAUGAUGAAAAUUACAGGCCUCUCUCAUCUUUUUAAGUGGGAGAACUUGCACAAUUGGUGGAUGACUAAAUACUUUUUUUCCCCACUGUAUGUAUGUAUAUAUAUAUAUAUAUAUAUUUUUUUUUAAAUUAAUUGAUUGUGAUCAAAGUCCCUCUGGGAUGAUACAAAUCUCUCCUUCUCUCUCUCUCUCUAUUAGGAGAUGAAUGUGUGUCUCCACUGGGCAUCCUUCGCAGGCUGUGUGGAGAUAGCAGAGAUGGUCCUGAACGCCGGCUGCCAGCUGUCCUCUGUCAACAUGCACGGGGACACUCCCCUACACAUCGCUUCCAGGGAGGGCUUCCUCGAGUGUGUCACGUGAGUAGCCCAAUACCCUGUCAAUCGCAUCCAACGGUUACUCUUGUAGUCUAUUAGUUUGGAAUAGAAGGAAUUUGUCCGUAGAUACUUAUCUGAAGUCAUUUGAGCAUUUUACGCCCCUAAUGGUUGCGGUUAUCAUAUGGGGUGGGUAAUCUGAUCCUAGAUCUGUGCCUAAGGGCAACUUUAGCACCUUGUUUGAUUGCUUAUCUCCUCUCUCUACAGGCUUUUCCUCUCUAGGGGGGCAGACAUUGACAUCAUGAACAGGGAAGGGGACACACCUCUUUCUCUGGCGCGUUCCGAUUCGCCCGUCUGGGUGUCACUCCAGAUAAACAGAAAGCUGCGCAGGGGGAUAGCCAAUCGCAUGCUUCGUACAGAGAAGAUCAUCAGCAGUGACGUAGCCCAGGGGUAUGAGAAUGUGCCUAUCCCCUGUGUGAACGCAGUGGAUGAUGAGGGAUGUCCCUCAGACUACAAGUACGUCUCUGAGAACUGUGAGACUUCAGCCAUGAACAUUGACCGCAACAUCACGCACUUACAGGUACAUACAUACGGUAACAACACACACUUAUAGAUGAUACAUACAUAUGAUACUUGUUAUCAUUGAUCAUGCAUGCAUCCUGUGUCUGUAUCUGUCCCUCAGCACUGCAGCUGCACAGAUGACUGCUCCUCCAGCAACUGUCUGUGUGGACAGCUCAGUAUCCGCUGCUGGUACGACAAGGUUAGUGACACAUGAUUUAUUUUACAGCCCACUUUAUUUGGAUAUAAAAGUAUGUAAAUGUUGGGGUUGUAGUUUAUAUUUGAUUAAGGAAAUUGACAAACUGGAACCUUGUAAAUAUCCUGGGUUUUCAGAGAUCUUGCUCUCAUUCUUCAAAUUGUACAUAUUAUAUCUUAUUAAACUGUGGAUAGUUUGUUGAACACAUUAUUUGUGAUGGACUUUCCAAAUAAAGUGUAACAAACUGUAUUUCCCUUUUUUGUCCCCCAUUAUGAAAUUGGGGAGGGGACUGUGGAUCUGUCUCCGUCCAUCCGGUUGUACGUUCGUACGUUAGUCACACACGAUAUCUCAGACAGCACUGGCCCUAUUUUGACAAAACUUGGGUGAAUGAUGUGUCUUGCCAUAUAUAUCCAGCAUUUACAAAAUUACACGGAUUGGCCAGAUGGUGGCGCAAUAACAAUAAAUUGAAAAUUCAAACUUUGAAAGGGUCACGCCCUCACCCAGUUUUAACUAAAGUCAUGAAAUUCGGUACAUAUGUCCCUCUCCUCACAAGGAAAAAAUGUGUCUCUGGAUCCAUAAGGUCCGUCAUGAUGGAUUUCCCUCCGUUUUGAAUUUUGUGAAAAACACUUAAAACGCUACUCUUCUGGCACCGACUGACUGAUCUGCACAAAACUUGAUAUGUGGCCUCUAUGGACAAAGGUCUCUCAGUGCAAUAUUUUCCAGACUAGUACCUAAAACAACAUGGCUGAUAUUGACCAAUAAACAUUCACGUGGAUAUUCAUAUUGUAACAAUUUGGUACACGUGUUGCAAACACUGUCAAUACUCAACAUAUGCAAGAACAUUAAUAUCGACCACACAGGGGCGCUAUAACGGGCACAUGUUUAUCUCUUGAUCUGUUUGAAUCAGAGUGCUGAAAUUUGGCACGCAUGCUCAGGGAUAUGAGUCUAGCUAACCCACGUGAUACCUCAGACUUCACUGGCCCAAUUUUUAUGAAAUUUGGGUGAAUGAUGCGUCUGAAAAUAUGUAGCAUAAAGCUUACUUAAUUAUUCGAUACAAAAAAAAAGGAUUUUCACUGCAUCCGGGAUAACGUAUACAGAUGAUUCGGCUUUACAACCUCUCCCCCUAAAAAGAGGUUUACCAGUAAGCCAACUUCAUAGACUGCGUCGCAUCUGCGACACAGGAAGAAUAUGAUAGACAAUUAAAUGAUCUCCUUGACUGUUUUCGCUUUAGAGGAUACCUUGAUACCUGGCUUGAUAAAGCUUAAAAACAAGUUAAAAGCUUGAACAGAAGCCAGUUACUUAAUAAAUUUAUAUUGGAUUUAUAUUGGAAAAACAUCCCGUUUUGGAGAACAUAAAUCCACUAUUAGACGUCAAGAUAUCACCUCGCCAGUUGCGAGAUACUUUAUAGAACAAAAUCAUUCUAAUAAUGAAUUGCGUUGCAUCGGGAUCGAAAAAGUUCAUCCACCACGUAGAGGUGAUUACGACAACAAAUUACUCCAAAGAGAAACCAUGUGGAUAUAUAAAUGAAAUUCUGUAUCUCCACACUGUUUAAACAAAUCAUUAGAUUUCACCUCCUUCCUAUAAGCUACAUUUAGACUUAUGGACAGUGUUCUUUUAUAUCAGAUUUUACGUAUCGUUUAUGAGUUGGCCCCACAUAUUUAUGAACGGCUGUGCCUGAUGUCCUUUGUGUUGGGCUGUCUCAUGAAUUUAUAUGAUGUAUUCAGGUGAGCGGACACCUGGGGCGGUUGAUUCGUGAGUUGCCCUUCGUGCCCGCUCCUAUACCCAUUGUGACUAAUUUGUAUACAGGUAGAAAAGCCACAUCUCUGAUUGGCAGAUGAGUGGCAAUCCUGAUUAGAAGCACAUGCUGCCCAUCGGUUGUUCUUUACAAAUACUGUUUUGAAUUGAAACCUACACACUGAAGAAGGCUGUAAAGACGAAACAUUUGUGAACGCUUUCCCUGAUGCAGUGAAAAUAAUGUAAAAAAAUGGAAUAAGGAAGUAAGCUUUAUGCUACAUUUAAGUGCGAACACCAUUUUGUUUGUCUGAAUUUGCGGGUUUUACGUGAUGUUCUCUUUUGAUGAAGGAUGCGUCUGGCCAUAAGAGAUCCGGCAUUUACAAAAUUGCACUGAUUGACCACUGUGCUCUUGGAAACUGUCAAGACUCUAGAAAUUGUUUUAUACCCGUCCACAGAUAUAUGCCUCAUCACAAUUAUAUCUCAAAGAUCUACGGACAGUUCCUUGGACUUCGUAGUAUAGUUUCUGCUCUGACAUGCACUGUCAAUUGUGGAACCUUUUUAUAUCUAAUUUGUGGGGGACUACAUGUGUUUUCUGUGUUUACCAGGACCACCGGUUACUCCAGGAGUUCAAUAAGAUCGAACCACCUCUCAUAUUCGAAUGUAACCUGGCGUGCUCCUGCUACCGCACCUGCAAGAACAGAGUGGUGCAGGCGGGCAUCAAGUAAGAGCUGUGUUACCACACCACUGUACACAUUUAAAUCGAAUUAGAACACUAUUGUAUACAGUGCCUUCAGAAAGUAUUCAUACCCCAUGACUUAUUCCACAUUUUGUUGUUACAGCCUGAAUUCGAAAUGGAUUAAAUAAUUAUUUUUUUUCUAGAAAGUUUUGCACAUUUAUUAAAAAUGAAAUACAGAAAUCUCAUUUACUUAAGUAUUCACACCCCUGAGUCAACACUUUGUAAAAGCACCUUUGGCGGUGAUUACAGUUUUAAGUCGUCUUGGAUAUGUCUGUAUCAGCUUUACACAUCUGGAUUUGGGGAUUUUCUCCCAUUCUUCCUUGCAGAUUGUCUCAAGCUCUGUUAAGUUAGAUGGAGAGUGGUGGUGAAGACCAAUCUUCAAGUCUUUCCACUGAUUUUUAAUGGGAUUCAAGUCUGGUCUUUGGCUGGGCCACUCAAGGACUUUCACAUUCUUGUUCUGAAGCCAUUCCAGCGUUGCUUUGGCUGUAUGCUUGGGGUCAUUGUCCUAUUGUAACGUAAAUCCUCAUCCCAGUCUAAGGUCGUUUGCACUCUGAAGCAGAUUCUCAAUAAGGAUUUGCCUGUAUUUGGCUACCAGUCUCCCAUUCCCUGCUGCUGAAAAGCAUUCCCAUAGCAUGAUGCUGCCACCACCAUGCUUCACGGUAGGGAUGGUGUUAGACAGGUGAUGAGCUGUGCCUUGUUUUCUCCACACAUAACGCUUUGCAUUCAGGCCAAAUAGUUAAUUUGUCUCAUCAGACCACAGACUCCUUUGCCUAAUGAUCUCAGUCUUUCACGUGCCUUUUUUCAAACUCCAGGUGUGAUGUCAUGUGCCUUUUUUCUCAGAAGUGGCUUCCGUCUGGCCACUCUCCCAUAAAGGCCAGAUUGGUGAAGUGCUGUAGAGACCGUUGUCCUUCUGGCAGGUUCUCCCAUCUCAGCCAAGGAACUAUGUAGUUCUGUCAGAGUGGUCAUUGGGAUCUUGGUCACCUCCCUAACCAAGGUCAUUCUUGCCUGGUUGCUCAGUUUGGUCAGAAGGCCAUCUCUAGGCAGAGUCUGUGUUGUUCUGUAUUUUUUCAAUUUCCCAAUGAUGGAGACCACUGUGCUCUUGGAAACUAUCAAGACUCUAGAAAUUGUUUUAUACCCUUCCGCAGAUACAGUUGAAGUUGGAAGUUUACAUACACUUAGGUUUGAGUAAUUAAAACUCAUUUUUCAACCACUCCAUAAAUGUAUUGUUAACAAACUAUAGUUUUGGCAAGUCGGUUAGGACAUCUACGUUGUGCAUGACACAAGUAAUUUUUCCAACAAUUGUUUACAGACAGAUUAUUUCACUUAUUAUUCACUAUAUCACAAUUCCAGUGGGUCAGAAGUUUACAUACACCAAGUUGACUGUGCCUUUAAACAGCUUGGAAAAUUCCAGAAAAUGAUGUCAAAACUUUAGAAGCUUCUGAUAGGCUAAUUGACAUCAUUUGAGUCAAUUUGAGGUGUACCUGUGGAUGUAUUUCAAGGCCUACCUUCAAACUCAGUGCCUCUUUGCUUGACAUCAUGGGAAAAUCAAAAGAAAUCAGCCAAUACCUCAGACCUCCACAAGUCUGGUUCAUCCUUGGGAGCAAUUUCCAAACGGCUGAAGGUACCACGUUCAUCUGUACAAACAAUAGUACACAAGGAUAAACACCAUGGGACCACGCAGGACCUUGUGAAGAUGCUGGAGGAAACAGGUAGAAAAGUAUCUAUAUCCACAGUAAAACGAGUCCUAUAUCGACAUAACCUGAAAGGCCGCUCAGCAAGGAAGAAGCCAAUGCUCCAAAACUACCAUAAAAAAGCCAGACUACGAUUUGCAACUGCACAUGGGGACAAAGAUCGUACUUUUUGGAGAAAUGUCCUCUGGUCUGAUGAAACAACAAUACAACGGUUUGGCCAUAAUGACCAUUGUUAUGUUUGGAGGAAAAAGGGGGUAGCUUGCAAGCCGAAGAACACCAUCCCAACUGUGAAGCAUGGGGGUGGCAGCAUCAUGCUGUGGGGGUGCUUUGCUGCAGGAGGGACUGGUGCGCUUCACAAAAUAGAUGGCAUCAUGAGGAAGAAAAAGUAUGUGGAUAUAUUAAAGAAACAUCUCAAGACAUCAAUCUUGCUUGGUCGCAAAUGGGUCUUCCAAAUAGACAAUGACCCCAAGCAUACUUCCAAAGUUGUGGCAAAAUGGCUUAAGGACAACAAAGUCAAGGUAUUGGAGUGGCCAUCACAAAACCCUAACCUCAAUCCUAUAGAAAAUGUGUGGGCAGAACUGAAACAGUGUGUGCGAGCAAGGAGGCCUACAAACCUGACUCAGUUACACCAGCUCUGUCAGGAGGAAUGGGCCAACAUUCACCCAACUUAUUGUGGGAAGCUUGUGGAAGGCUACCCAAAACGUUUGACCCAAGUGAAACAAUAUAAAGGCAAUGCUACCAAAUACUAAUUGAGUGUAUGUAAACUUCUGACCCACUGGGAAUGUGAUGAAAGAAAUAAAAGCUGAAAUAAAUCAUUCUCUCUACUAUAAUUCUGACAUUUCACAUUCUUAAAAUAAAGUGGUGAUCCUAACUGACCUAAGACAGGGACUUUUUACUAGGAUUAAAUGUCAGGAAUUUUGAAAACUGAGUUUAGAAGUAUUUGGCUACGUUGUAUGUAAACUUCCGACUUCAUCUGUAUAUGCCCCAUCACAAUUCUAUCUCAAAGAUCUACGGACAGUUCCUUGGACUUCAUAGUAUAGUUUCUGCUCUGACAUGCACUGUCAAUUGUGGAACCUUUAUAUAGACAGGUGUGUUUCUUUCUAAAUCAUGUCCAAACAAUUGAAUUGGCCACAAGUGGGCUCCAAUCAAGUUGUAUUGACAUCUCAACAACGUUCAAAGGAAAUUGGAUAAACCUGAUCUCAAUUUGGAUUGUCAUAUCAAAGUGGUGUGAAUACUUAUAUAAAUGAGAUAUUUCUGUAUUUCAUUUUCAAUGAAUUUGCUACAAUUUCUAAAAACAUGUUUUCACUUUGUCAUUAUAGGGUAUUGUGUGUAGAUGGGUGAGAAAUCAAUUGAAUCCAUUUUGAAUUCAGGCUGUAAGACAACAAAAUGUGGAAUAAGUCAUGGAGUAUGAAUACUUUCUGAAGGCACUAUCUGUCCCACUGGGGACCAGUACAAAAAAUGUAUGCACUCUCUACUGUAAGUCACUCUGGAUAAGAGCGUCUGCUAAAUGACUAAAAUGCUAAUCUUACUGUCUGGUCUGUGUCCUGGUACAAUCUCACUGGUAUACUUUCUCUCUCUCUCUCUUAGGGUACGUCUCCAGUUGUACCGGACAGAGAAGAUGGGAUGGGGAGUUCGGGCUCUACAGGACAUUCCCCAAGGCAGCUUCAUCUGCGAGUAAGUGUGUGUGUGCGUGCGUAUGGUUAUUUAAAAGGAAAUUAGUGUGUAUAAAGGCAAUUCGUAACCCAAUUCCAAACUUGCCUUGAGGCCACAGGUAUGCUCCGAUAGUGUAAAAACAAGCAUACAUUUAUUUUCCAAACAAAGGUAAUUUCAUAGGCUAUAUUCCAUCGAUGAUCAGACUUAAACGGCAAACAAAAAGUAUAGACUAAUAGCAGCUUUCUUAGUUCCAAGUAUUAGCUUAGUGGUAAAAAAAAAAAAAUGUGCGGUACCGCCAUACCUGAGGCCUAGUUGACCCAUACUGCCAAAAACCUAAAUAGAAAAGGGAAGGAGAACAUGGGCGGGCGGGGGCGGGGCGGGGGGGGUUCCCAGGAAAGGCUCCAUAAUGCUUUUAAAUACCGAUGAUCACCAUAAUGGAAAACCAAAAAUCAACCAUACUCAAUAAUUCAUAAUGCAAUAUGUAUACUUAUAUUCAAUAUAGCACACAAAAAAAAAGAAGGGAAUUUGGCUCCAACAGUAGCCAAUCUAAUGUUUUGCCAGUUCUAUCAAAUAGUUAAUUGGCUUGUUGAUGAAUGUAAGUAACAUUUCUCUCCACACAGAUAUGUAGGAGAACUGAUCUCUGACGCAGAGGCAGAUGUGAGAGAAGAUGACUCUUACCUCUUUGACCUGGACAACAAGGUACCUCAUCUGUUUUUCCUCUCAUAGGGAUUACACAUAAAAACGAUAAAAUACAUCAAAUCAAAUUUGAUUUGUCACAUGCGCCAAAUACAACUGGUGUAGACUUUACCGUCAUUUAGACACAGAGAUACGUUUUUAAAAACAUACCGCUGAUAUACCAAUGCACCUUAGUACAUCUCUCUCUCUCUCGCUCUCCUUCCCUCUAAAGGACGGGGAGGUGUACUGCAUUGAUGCCCGUUACUACGGUAACAUCAGCCGCUUCAUCAACCACCUGUGUGACCCCAACAUCAUCCCUGUGCGGGUGUUCAUGCUGCACCAGGACCUGCGCUUCCCCCGCAUCGCCUUCUUCAGUUCCAGAGAUAUCCUCACAGGACAGGAGCUAGGGUGAGAGGCUGCACCGCACGCACACUGUGGAUCUGAGCGCCAGACACAAAAUGGAAGCCCAGUGGAGUGGCUUUGAUACUGCCUUAGGAAAGUUGAAACAUGAUUUGGCACCACUUUUUCAGUAAGAGUAGCAUCUAUUCCAUAUAUCGCUUCUCUUGCACCAGAAAUAAAAUGGCCUGAGAGUAUAUUGUUUAUUCCACUAUGAAUAUGAUAUUAACGUACAUUGUAAUUCCAGGCUGAUACAAUUCUCAAUGUUCUUUCUGUGUGCACAGGUUUGAUUAUGGAGACCGUUUCUGGGACAUCAAGAGUAAAUACUUCACCUGCCAGUGUGGAUCAGAGAAAUGCAAACACUCAGCGGAGGCCAUCGCCUUGGAGCAGAGCAGGCUCGCUCGACUGGAAGCCUGUCCAGAAUCGGAGACUGACCCUGGGCUUGCCAUGCUAGGAAACUCCUAGGCUUCCCCUGGGGCCUGUUGUGUGUAUUUCUCCGUUUUUACACUGUCACUGUUAAUUUCGUAUGAAUUUGUGCAGUUAUUGUUUCAGUGUGGUAGACAAACUUUAACCUUUUCCAUGUAUGGGGUAUAAAUGACUGACAAAAAAGGUGUCUUCUGUGUAAGACCCUUUCAUACAGUACAGUAUUGCCAUGAGAGAUCAGUGGCACUACAGCAUGCUAUGAAAUGCCAGUUAUGCUCACCACUUGCUGUGCCAAAUACAUACUGAACAAUUAAUUUCACAGUACUCUACCAUGAAACAGUCUACUGCUGUGAAGUAAUUGAAGAAGUUACCAACAGCUGACUUGUGUAGUAAUGAAGUCAUAUUGCAUAUGUCUGUUUUUGUUUUAUGUUUUGUCAUUUUAAUAAAUGUGAUUAAAAAUUGACUAAUGGA